CCCAGUUUAACAUUUGUUAUCUUUCUUUUUCUUCUUUUCUUCUUUCGAGUCAUGACUUCUCUUGUUUGUGGGACUGAAUCUACGAGACCGAAAAGACCAAGAUCGAGCUUAGCAUGUAUUCGGUGCAGGAAAAAGAAGGUCAAAUGUGAUUUCGUUCAGCCCACUUGUGGUCGUUGUAGUGGAGCUAAUCUAGCAUGCAAUUAUGCCACUCCUCCCCGUCGAGUGGAUGGUCUUGCUUUUGACCAGGUCGGCAGUAAUAUUCAAGAUUUGAAAGGAAGAAUGCAGAGAAUGUAUAGAGAAUUAUCAGCAAUGAGGGACAAUAUGCAUCCUUUUUUCGUUGGAAAGUUCCAAUUUGAUCAUCAAAACAAUAACGAAUUUAAUCAACAAGUGAGAUGGAAGAUAUCAUUUGCUCCUUCAGGCUUAAGAAUAGACACCAACAUUGCUAAUGUGACUGAACUCUAUCGCAUCUUAUUAAGUGGUAUUCGUCAACUGAAUAUCAACCAUGAUCCGUCUUCCAACAGCUUGUUUAAUGUAAUAGGUAAUAAGAGUCGGAGUACAAUACAACAAACAACCUGGGAAAAAAACGAUCACCGUUUAUGGGAAGUCAAUGACUUCGAGGCACAGAAAGUCAUAUUAGAAAAACAAGAGCCACAAGCAACCGCUGAUCUGCCUGAAGGAACCCUAAGCCAUCUUAUGAAAACAUGUUAUCACUCUUGCUUUUUAGCUUACCAGAUAUUGGAUAAAGAUGAAUUCAUGGCAAAAUAUGAUUCUGGACAACUAGAGCCAUUACUUGUGAAUUCAAUUCAUGCUUGGGUAUUUAAGCACGGUUGUAUCUACCAUAAUAUUCCUCACACACAAAAAGAUGCAGCAACCAUAGGCGAGGCUUAUUUUUCAAAAGCCCGAAGAUUAUUGGAAAAACGUUUUGACCAAAGCAAUUUCACCACAAUCCAGGCUCUGUUGAACUUAUACAUGUACCAGCUUAGCAGUGACCGUUCUAGCUUGGCUUAUCUCUACAUUGGCUUGGCCAUUCGGAUGGCACAAGACUUAAAGCUUCAUAAGACAGACUAUAUGCCACAAGAUCCAAAAGAGAGAGAAAGGAACAAGCGGCUUUGGUGGUCUGCUUAUUGGCUUGAUCUUGAUGCUGCACUUGAAUCCAACAGACCCACUAUGGUAGACGAUAAAGAUAUUGAUAUCGACUAUCCUAAAAGACUUGAGACAGAAGAUCAAGAAACAGGUUACCGUAUUGAAUUCAGCGUUCAGUUUAUCAAACUGAUGAGAAUACGUAAAGAUAUUGCCAAGCAUUUACCUUCAGAACAGUCAGGACAGUCUCUACUAUCUGCUAUUUCGCGUUUGGAAGCCGCUUUGACAAACUGGUUGCACGAAAUGCCACAUGAUCUUAAAUAUGAUCCGAAUAUCGACAACGCGUUUGUCAAGGCAGGUUCUUUCCGAGACGAAGCGCGUUUGAUCCUAAAUAUUGCGUACCAAACAACCUGGAUUAUGCUACACAAAUUCUUCUUGCCCGAACAAAACACAACGGCUUCUCCGGUUGCCCUACUGUCACUCAAUAUUUGUACCAAAUCAGCCAACUCAAUCACAAAAAUGCUCCAGACUUAUGCAGCACAAUGUCAUUGGUGUUACUUGUUCUAUGCUUUGAAUGGUAUAGUAGCCAGUGUGGCUAUUCAUCGUUUGAAUGUGUUGCUCAAAGAAGACGAAGAAACAGCUAGUGUUUCACAGCGUCAUCUAUUACUCACAGCACAUAUUUUACGCAAAUCACCUCUGAUUCGCAAGGAAAAAGUGAUCAAAAUCGUCGAAAGCAUACAAGGCUUUUGUAAAGAGAACAACCUCAGUAUGAAUCUAUCUCAAUUCGAACCGUAUGUUGAUGAACACAUGAAUCCAGCACCCAUUCAAUUAUCAACUGAGUCAAUCUCAUAUAUCAAUAAAACCGUGUCCAAACCAAGCAAGUCGAGGCGCAAGAACAAGGACAAAGAAAAACCAACUAGCAACACAGAGAGUAUUCUCUUGACAGACCCUAACAGUAGUCUUGUCAAUUUUAAUAUUCAACGUAUGAACAAUAGAAAAGCUGAACCGGACUACCUCUUGAAUGACAAGCUUGAUUAUUCAAGUAGUAUAUCAAGCAAUUCCUCUUUAGAUGAUCAGCAGAAUACACAAAAUACUAUAGACCUGCAUACUCUCUUAAUGUCAGAUGUAAUGCAGAGUCUUUUGUACAAUACACAACCCGAUGAGUCCGAUAACCGUAUCUAUCUCACAAAUGGCCAGUUUUAUUCCAAUAGAAAAAGAUCUUAUCAAGAAUAAAACAUGUAAAUAGGA